AUGAACUUUCAAAUGAGGCUCUUUGCUAGCUGUGGGGUCAGGAUGCUGCCGCAGCCCUGGCGUCUCUUCUCCCGGGCUGCGGAGGAUAUGGCAUUGCAGAGGAUCCGGAAGGUCCUUUGCGUGGCUGAGAAGAACGAUGCUGCCCGAGGGAUUGCGGAUCUGCUCUCCAACAGCAGAAUGCGACGGCGAGAAGGGUUUUCCAAGUUCAACAAGAUCUAUGAAUACGACUACCAGAUGUUUGGCCAGAAUGUUACUAUGGUGAUGACAUCCGUGUCAGGACACUUACUAGCUCAUGAUUUUAAGCUGCCAUUUCGCAAGUGGCAUAGCUGCAACCCUCUAGCUCUUUUUGAUGCUGAAAUCGAGAAGUAUUGCCCUGAAAAUUACAUGGAUAUCAAGAGAACCCUUGAACGAGAAAUCCAGCAGUGCCAAGCUCUGGUGAUCUGGACUGACUGUGAUCGAGAAGGAGAGAACAUUGGCUUUGAGAUAAUUCACGUUUGCAAAGCUGUAAAGCCAAACCUCCGGGUUUUCCGAGCCCGUUUUUCAGAGAUUACGCUUCAUGCUGUCAGAACAGCCUGCGAGAACCUCACUCAACCAGAUCAAAAAACAAGUGAUGCUGUUGACGUCAGGCAGGAGCUGGACCUCAGGAUAGGUGCUGCCUUCACCAGAUUCCAGACACUGAGGCUCCGGAAGAUCUUCCCUGAUAUUUUAGCAGAUCAGCUGAUCAGCUAUGGUAGCUGCCAGUUCCCAACGCUGGGGUUUGUAGUUGAACGCUUUAAAGCCAUCCAGGCCUUUGUUCCUGAAGUCUUCUAUAAAAUAAAAGUGACGCAUGACCAUGAAGAUGGCAGUGUGGUCUUUAACUGGAAGAGGAACCGGCUCUUUAAUCACACCGCGUGCCUGGUCCUUUACCAGAUGUGCAUGGAGGAUCCAGUAGCAACUGUUGUUGAGGUUGGGAGCAAGCCAAAGAGCAAGUGGAGGCCCCUACCCCUGGAUACUGUGGAACUUGAGAAGCUGGCUUCCCGCAAACUGAAAAUAAACGCAAAGGAAACCAUGAGACUAGCAGAAAAACUCUAUACUCAAGGGUUCAUCAGCUACCCGCGAACUGAGACCAACAUUUUCCCCAAGGAGAUGAACCUCUCUGCCUUAGUACAACAGCAAACACAGGACCCAAACUGGGGAGCAUUUGCACAGAGGAUUUUGGAUCAGGGUGGGCCAACCCCUCGGAGUGGAACCAAAUCAGAUCAGGCUCACCCUCCCAUUCACCCCACAAAAUACACUGCUAACCUGCAGGGCAAUGAGCAGAGACUAUAUGAAUUCAUCGUGCGCCAUUUUUUGGCUUGCUGCUCUCAAGAUGCCAAGGGACAGGAAACAACUGUGGAGAUUGACAUUGCUAAUGAGCGAUUCAUUGCUCAAGGACUAAUGAUCCUGGCCCAAAAUUACCUGGAAGUCUAUCCCUACGAGAAGUGGAGCGAUAAGGUUAUCCCACUGUAUCAGAAAGGGUCUCGCUUUCAGCCCACUACAGUGGAGAUGGUGGAUGGGGAAACCAGCCCUCCAUUGCUCCUCACAGAAGCGGAUCUCAUUGCUCUCAUGGAGAAACAUGGCAUUGGGACUGACGCCACUCACGCUGAGCACAUUGAGACGAUUAAGACACGGAUGUAUGUGGGCCUUACAGCGGAUCAGCGGUUCCUCCCAGGCCACCUGGGCAUGGGGCUGGUUGAAGGCUAUGAUUCCAUGGGCUACGAGAUGUCCAAGCCUGACCUUCGAGCUGAGCUGGAGGCUGAUCUGAAACUGAUCUGUGAGGGGAGGAAAGACAAAUCUGCAGUGUUGCAGGAGCAGAUCCAAAAGUACAAGCAAGUCUUCAUCGAAGCUGUGGCCAGAGCCACCAAGUUGGAUCAAGCUCUAGCUCAGUAUUUUGGAGAAGCCACAGAAAUUGCAGAACAAGAGGAGGUCUACCCAGCAAUGCCUGCCUCUGUUCGGAAGUGUCCACAGUGCAACAAUGACAUGGUUCUGAAGACCAAGAGGAAUGGCGGGUUCUAUCUCAGCUGCACAGGCUAUCCAGCUUGUAAAGUUGCAGUCUGGUUUCCUGAUUUUGUGCUGGAUGUGACCAGGGACGAGAGCAUCUGCGCUGUGUGUAAACCACAUCCAGUUCACAGACUGAAGUUUAAAUUUAAGAGAGGCAGUGUUCCACCUGUGAUGCCCCUGGAGUUUGUUGGUUGCAUCGGAGGCUGUGAUGAGAUGCUAAAAGAGCUUUUGGACCUGAAGUACUUACACAGGUCGUCCCAACCCGCAUCGUCGGGCAGCCAGCAAGCUAAUCACUUGCAGGUCAACAACUCCUUUAACAGAGCUUGUGGCGAAAACAGGCACGUGAGGGGGACCGCCAACCUGGCACCAGGACAUCUACUCCCCUCGAGUUCAACAAGAACACCCAGGCCUGCUCCCUCGGCUGCUCCAGAUGACAGGAACAACGUAGUGGUGUGCAACUGUGGGAACGAAGCCCUGCUGUUAACUGUGCGCAAAGAAGGGCCAAAUCAAGGCAGGCAGUUUUACAAAUGCAGUGCCAGUACCUGCAACUUUUUUCUCUGGGCUGAUCAGCAGUCAGAGGACAGAAGCAAUGCAGCUCCGCAGGGCUCUGUGUUGCCCCAGCUCUUUGCAGAAAGGGGCCCAGCAGGAUUUCAGCGCCCAGGAGGAGGGAGAGGCCCAGAGCUCUUCAGAAGCAACGGCUCCGAUGCAGGAGGCGGAACAGUCUGCAAGUGUGACCAGCCAGCUGUCACGCGCACAGUCCAAAAGGACGGGCCCAACAAAGGGCGGCAGUUCCACACCUGCUCUAAACCCCGGGAGCAGCAGUGCGGCUUCUUCCAGUGGGCAGAUGAAAAUGUGGCACCAGGGCCUUCUGGAGAUGCCUCAUUGAACCACUUUGGCAGCAGUGGAUAUUCAAGAGGGGUGGGAAGUAAAGCCAAGCGACCAAGCAGUCUCUCCUCAGGAGCCACUGCCAAGAAACCACGGACCUGUAGCAUUUGCCACCAGCCUGGCCACACUAGGAAAACCUGCCCUCAAAACCACUGA